CGCUUCACAGACAUGGAUGAAACCCUAAAUUCAUCGGAACCACAACCCUCCGACGAUCCUAUGGACGAAGCCGAACCCCUUCCUUCUCUAUCCAAAUCUCAAAACCCUAAGCCCACUUCCGACACUGAUUCCGAUUCCGAUGACUCCGACUCCGGUGACGAAUCCCAACAGACCCUCCAAAUCGAAACACUAGAAACCGAGCUUUCCAACAACCCUGUCAACUACGACUCUCAUGUUCAGUACAUAAGAGUUCUGAGGAAAAAGGGGGACAUUGAGAAGCUACGAAAGGCAAGGGAGGCCAUGAGUGAAUUGUUUCCACUCAGCCCUGCAAUGUGGCAGGAGUGGGCUAAAGAUGAAACCUCUCUGAGUUCUGGACCGGAGUCUUUUCCUGCUAUUGAGAAGCUUUAUGAGCGUGGUGUCUACAAUUAUCUGUCUGUCUCUUUGUGGUGUGACUAUCUAAAUUUUGUACAAGAACAUGAUCCGUCAGUUCGUGAAUGUUCAGCUGUGGGUAUUUUGAAGGCAAGGAACUUAUUUGAGCGUGCUCUUCCUGGUGCUGGUUUGCAUGUUGCUGAAGGUCAUAAGAUAUGGGAAGCAUACAGGGAGUUUGAGCAAGCUAUCUUUUUCGCUAUUGAUGAGACUGAUGUUGAGGGAAGAGAAAAGCAGGUUCAGCGCAUUCGAAGCAUAUUCCACCGUCAAUUGUCUGUUCCACAUAGUGACUUAAGGCCGACACUACUUGCCUACAAGGCUUGGGAGGCGGAACAAGGGAAUGUUCUCGACGCCAGCUCUAGUGACUUGGAUGGAAUUUCAGCUCAUGUUGCCUCUGCGUACCAAAAGGCAUUGGAGAUGUUAAAUGCUCGCGUUCAUUUUGAAGAACAAAUUUCUAAGAAGGAUAUACCUGACAUGGAAAGGCUUCAAGAAUACAUGGCCUAUCUGAAAUUUGAACAGUCUUUUGGAGACCCUGCUCGGGUUCAAAUUCUUUAUGAACGUGCUGUAACAGAAUUCCCUAUAUCAAAUGAUCUCUGGCUUGAUUAUACCCGCUACCUGGACAAAACCUUAAAGGCUUCUAGUAUCGUAAGGGAAGCUUAUUCGAGGGCCACGAAGAACUGUCCUUGGAUUGGUGAAUUGUGGGUUCGGUACUUGCUCUGCCUUGAACGUGGCCGUGCUCCUGAGAAGGAGAUAGCUGCUGCAUUUGAGAAGUCUCUGCUGUGCACAUUUUCAAGCUUUGAUGAGUACUUGGAUAUAUUUCUCACUAGGGUUGAUGGCUUAAGGCGGAGAAUUGCGCGAGCUGGUGAAGUAGGGGAUGCCUUGGAUUAUACUCUUAUAAGGGAGACAUUUCAGCGUGCAUCUGAUUACUUAUCACCACACCUUAAGGGCACAGAUGGUUUGUUGCGAAUGCAUUCUUACUGGGCGCGAUUAGAGUCAAAUCUGGGAAAAGAUCUAGUUGCAGCUCGUGGAGUUUGGGAGAGCUUGCUUAAAAUUAGUGGAUCUAUGUUGGAGGCCUGGCAAGGUUAUAUAGUAAUGGAGAUUGAAACGGGUUACAUAAAUGAAGCUAGAUCCCUCUAUAGGAGAUGCUACAGUAAAAGAUUUCCUGGGACGGGUUCAGAGGACAUAUGCCAUUCGUGGCUACGCUUUGAGAGGGAAUUCGGCACACUCGAAGAUCUUGAUCAUGCUAUACAAAAGGUUACCCCCCGUUUGGAAGAGCUGCAAAUGUUCAGGUUGCAGCAGGAGAACAAAAGUAUUGGCACAAUGGCAAAUCAGAGAGAGACCUUAUCAAAGAAAAUUGCACGUGAAAAGAGAAAGCAGCGACCCAACAUAGCUGAUGAACAGCGAACAACAAAACGGAAAAAAGAUAUAGAUCCAAACAUAACGAAAGUACGUGGAGUGGAUAAAGCUGAGGAGAAAAACUCUCUUCAAAAAAAUAAAGAUGAAAAUGUCCAAGUCCAUGAAGGCAAAACUAGUAAUGCACAUGGAAAAGGAAAAAAAGAUUUUAUCCCUGAAAAGCCCAAAUACAAUGACCAGUGCACUGCCUUUGUAUCAAACCUUGGCCUUCAGGCAACUUAUGAGGAUCUGCGAGCUUUUUUCAGUGAUGUGGGUGGAGUAGUUGCUAUUCGCAUAUUAAAGGACAAGUACACUGGAAAAUCAAGGGGAUUGGCUUAUGUUGAUUUCUCCGAUGAUGUACACCUUACUGCAGCUCUGGCAAAGAACAAGCAAAUGUUUCUCAAUAAGAAAUUGAGUAUUGCACGGUCAGAUCCGAAGCAGCGGAGAAUGAGAGAAUCUGUUGGACGUAACACCCCAAUGGAACAUGGUGAAAUGUCGGGGCAUACAAAUGGACAAACAAAUACAGUUGGCGAAUCUGAUUCUAAGGAUUCAUCUGAUGUAUCUAAUGCGACCUUGGCGGCUCAGCCACAGUCGGCUUAUCGUCGGCAUGCAGUUGAAAAUGUCCAGCUCAAGGGGAAGAACACAUUUGCAGUGCCAAGAAAUGUCAGACCCCUUGGUUGGACUGACAAGAAUAAACAAAAAACCGAAGAAGCUCCGGAAGGGGAAGACCAGACGCCAAAAUCCAAUGAUGAGUUCAGAAAGAUGUUCCUCAAAAGUUAAUACUGUUAAGAAAGACUAUACUAUAUAUGCCUCCCACACAAGGCUUGUAUAGAGUUUCCCAACUGUAAGUUUGCAGAUGUCUUACAUGCAUAUACAGUAAUUGCAAAUGAUAGCAGAAUACUUUUAUCGUGUUGAAAAUUUUAUUUAAUUUUCCCAUAUCAUUUAAUCCAAUUUGUUGUCA